AUGUGGGCGAGGCACUCGAUAGCUAACAAGCUAAGAAUGGUGAAUGACAUGAUUCAAUCCAUUUCUGAGUCCAUGAAAAGUCUUGUAGGGAUUGAUGCAGCCAAGGGAAAGCUCAUUGGUUGGCUUAUGAGUCAAGAACCUCAACGGGUAGUUGUCUCCGUGGUUGGAAUGGGUGGUUCAGGGAAGACUACACUCUCAGCUAAUAUAUUUAAGUCCCGAAUCGUGCGUAAGCAUUUCGAGUCACAUGCUUGGACUACUAGUCUUUGGAGGGAGAUAAGUAUCGCUUUACCGGAUGGUAUUUGUGGGAGUCGUGUUAUGGUAACUACUCCGAGCAAUAAUGUAGCUUCUUUCUCAUAUGGAAUUGGAAGCCGAAAGGACGAGAUUGAGCUCUUAAAAGAAGAUGAAGCUUGGAUUCUUUUCUGCUACAAAGCGUUUUCGGGAAGUCUUGAGCAAUGCGGAAGGAGGAAUCUUGAGUUGAUAGCGCGGAGAUUACUCGAGAGAUCUUCAACGAUUUGGCUUAUCCGCUCUUUCUUGUAUUGUUCUCUUUUCCCUGUGAACUAUCAGAUGAAAAUAAAGAGGAUCGUUAGGAUGUGGAUGGCACAAAGGUUUGUUGAACCGAUCAGAGGAGUUAAAGCAGAGGAAGUGGCUGAUAGUUACCUCAAUGAACUUGUUUAUAGAAAUAUGCUACAAGUUAUCUUGUGGAAUCCUUUUGGACGACCCAAGGUGUUCAAGAUGCAUGAUGUGAUAAGGGAGAUUGCUAUAUCUGUAUCUAAAGCUGAGAGGUUUUGUGAUGUAUAUGAUAAUGACAAUGAUGAAGAUGAUGCGGAGACAACAGAGGCUUACGGUACUCGCCACUUAUGCAUUCAGAGGGAGAUGAGAUCAGGUACUACUGUACGUAAAACAAACCUUCACUCUCUUUUGGUUUGUUCUGCUGCUAAACAGAACAUUGAACUACCUCCAAGUCUGAACCUUUUGAGAGCUUUAGACCUCAAGACUCUGCUAUUAUUGAAGGAUUUGCAAGUCAUGGACUGCUUCAACGCAGAAGCUGAGCUAAUAAAAAAUCUCGGGAACAUGACUCAACUCACAAGAAUAAGUCUAGUCAUGGUUAGAAGAGAACAUGGAAGUGACUUAUGCAAGUCACUGAAUAAGAUUAAAAGACUCAGAUUCUUAUCUCUGACGUCCAUUAAUGAAGAGGAACCGUUAGAGAUUGGUGAAUUGGUAGCAACUACAAGCAUUGAGAAGCUCUUUCUUGCUGGAAAACUGGAAAGAGUACCAAACUGGUUCAACAAUCUUGAAAGCCUAACCUAUUUGGGUUUGUGCGGAUCUCGGUUGCAAGAAAACGCCAUUCGCUGUAUCCAAGCGCUUCCGAAAUUGGUAUGGCUUUCAUUUUACAAUGCAUACAUGGGACCUGUUUUGUGUUUUGCACAAGGGUUACAGAAUCUGAAGAUUCUAGAUAUAGUUCAGAUGAAACAUCUGACACAAGUUGUAAUAGAAGAUGGUGCAUUGUUUGAGCUUCAGAAACUCCAUGUCAGAGAUUGCAGAGGGUUAGAGUCGGUACCAAAAGGAAUUGAGAAUCUUGUAAACCUUCAAGAACUGCAUUUGAGUCAUGUUUCUGAUCAGCUAGUAGAACGGAUUCGCGGAGAAAGGAGUGUAGACCGGUCAAGGGUUAAACACAUUCCUACCAUUAAGCAUCAUUUCAGAAAUGAUGAUGGCUCUUUCUAUGUAAGCCUUUCAUCUUAA